AUCUUGUUUCCGCCAUAGAAUACACGGUCUAUUCCUCCGAAAUCUGACUUUUGAGGUAACCCGAACUCAGCAUUAGCAAUGAACGGUAGGAUCAGCCAAUCAGCUGCAGGGAAGAUUAUGACUUGGGCUCGCCCUCGGCAAGUCCGUCGGAAAUUGGUAACGAAGCAAAGCUAGCUAGUAAUUUUACUUAUUUAACUUUCAUUUAUUUGUUUUUUUUCCUUUUGUAUCAUUGUACAAGGCCACAUAUUGAUGCAAAAUGAGUUUGGACUCUUUCUUCCAGCAAGUACUGCUCACAGAGCAGCAGUUAUCUAAGCAGACUCAAAAACUUAAAGAAGGUAGGCUAAUGUGAAUGCUAGGUUAGCAAAAUCACUCCUUAUCACAUCGUACCUCUACAGAAUGAAAAAGUCCGAAGCCAUGUAUGCUGGCUAUGGAGUUGUUACAGUAUCAUGGGUGUGCCUCGGAAAUCCAGGCCUGCUGCAAGCUUUCUCUUCAAGGCCAAAUCAAUAUGAACAGCAUACUUGUCACUAAUUAUCAUCAUCUUGUAUCUUACAGUCAAAGUAGCCAUCAUCAGAUCCAAGGAGCAGAUCAAGAGCUCCUCUGAAAACCUUGAAAGGCUCAAAACAGAAAUUGGUGAAAAGGUGAGGAAACAAUGGUAACUGAGGAUGAGUCCUGCACUUUUUAAAAAUGUAUUUAAGACAGAGGUUCUCGAGGCCCACUGUUCUGCAUGUUUUGGAUGUUCCCCUGCUCCAACACACCUGAUUCAAAUGAUCAGCUCGUUAUCAAGCUCUGUAAUGGCUUAAUAAUGAGCUGAUCAUUUGAAUCAGGUGUGUUGGAGCAGGGAAAUGUCCAAAAAAUGCAGGACAGUGGGCCUCGAGGACUGGACUUGAGAACCACUGAUUUAAGAUAAUGUUUGAAUUAUGAAUAUUGUGACUGUAGGAGCCACUAUGGUACAGUGCAGUGUGCCUGUGAAAAUGCCUUUACAUUUGUAUGUCACUGGUUAAUGUUACCAUUGCAUGUUAAAUUGGACAGGCUCAUAUUUGCCCGGUUUGGACGGUGUCGUUUUUUGCAUGUUAACAUCUUGCAUAGUUCCAAUUUAAGCUUUGUGAUAGUUUAUCUGGAUGUCAUAUACUAUGUUCCUCAACUUUAACUCUAUGGACCAUUACACCAGCCAUUCAACAAUACACUAUAGUUUAUAGUUUGUAUUGUAAUAUUGUAAGCUUUUUUUUCCAACAAUUUUUUGCAAACAUAACACAAAAAGUGUAAAAAGAAACCCCCCAAAAUGUAAUGAUGGCUUACCCUGAAGCAGCACAAGUUUUUAGUAGCAUAGACACAGGAGGAUAAGAAGAGCAUAUUGGCAUAUUGAUCAGCUGAUCUGCUUUAUGAUUGAAAACACUUAAUCAUUAACCUCAUUCAUUUCAUCAACAGUGUAAAUUGCGAGUGCCACUGUAAAAUCAAUGGCUAAUUUCCACCGGAUAACAUUAGUGAAACCUUUUACCGCGUGUGAGGUAUGAUGUCAAAGGCCGCCUCUUUGACCCCCUCAGAAAUAUUGCUAACUUCUUCCUGUGCUUUUGAAAGUGGACAUCCAAUCAAAAGAGCCAAACAUGAGGCUAAUUAGAAAAGCUGCUGAAUACUGCACAACGUUGGAAUCUGAUCUGCGUGAGAGCACACAACAGGGUUACCUUUUCUGACCUAGCAGAAGGUAAUACCGUAAGUGUUUACAUCAGACAGAUAUGCAGGGUGUGUUUACUGCACAUUGUGUUUACAGCUUCCAUGAUGUGAAGUCUUAAUGUUUAUGAGAGCUGUCCUGAGAUAAUUACAGUGUUUAGGAAACUUGGAAGCGGAUUUGCUCACUGAGCUCCUACGCUAGCGUCUAAGAAACAAUAAACUUCUAUGAUGACAGCUGAACCAACAGACUGGCAAUUUACCAUCAGUCAUGCCUGAAACGUAUUUGCAAAUCAGCCUACAUCAAUUCCACUUUGUAUAUGAUUUGGUAAUUUUCUUUGGAGUUAGCCAUAUAAUCAACAAGCUGAGGACAGGAACAUGAACAAAAGAGGUUGAAUAUGAAUAAUAGAGACAGGAACGUAUAUAGCCAAGAAAAGAACAUUUGUACUUGUUAUGUAUAAAGAAUCAGUAGGCAUGUAUAUUUCAGUGUACCUCUGUCAGACUGUUUCAUAACCACUCAUCCUUCUCUGUGUGCUCCAGGGUCAGCAGUUGUCUGUGAUGAGGCUGCAGCAUGAUCUGAUGAAGAAACACGAAAAACAGAUGUUGGAGAAAACUGAGGAGCUGCUCUGCCAGAAGAACCAACUACAGCAACAUCUGGUGAGUUUAAACCCUGAAUCAACAUUUGCGUCUCAUUUCAUUGAGAACUUGUUAAUUCAAUCCAAACAUCAGAUAUGCGCAGACUGAUUCUCACCUCUGUUUAGGAUGUAAACUUAAGCCUGGUGGAACAAACAAAAAUCAUAGUUUCAAGUAUCUCAACAGAAUAUUUUGCUCCAAACAUAUUGCACUCAAUCUGUUAUUGUGUCUACUUUCAAUCCAUCAGUUUGUGUAUUCAGUGUCAAAACAGGGAAGACUGCCGGUUGCAUUUCUCCCUUGGGGCUGAGGUGAGGUUUUACUUUAGUUUUUGUCCAAACAGAAGCCCAAACCCCCAAAGACAACAUUUUCACUUCAUAUUUUCACUUCGUACAAAUCAUGAAAUGUUUACACAUAUGAAAAGAGAAGAACUAAAUAUGCAGUAUUUCAUCUUGAUGAUUUACUGGCACAUUUUGAUUUACAAUGAUUUGCUUUCAGUCGGCUAAUAAAUAUUUACCCAAGACAAGUAUUUCAGCUGAUUACAGAUACAUAUUUAUUAUGACACAGAAAGUAUACAAGUUGUAACACCCAGUGUCUGUGUUUGUUUGAAACAAAACCGCAUGCGUUCAGUGAGCUCAAUGAGACAGAGGUAGAAAAAAAUCAUUCAAGUGCUUAACACUGUCUCAUGACCAAGAUUGUAUCUGUAUUACACACUGAAUCAUCACUCAUGGUAGCAUUUAGAGGUAUUUAAACCGAACUGAGGCUAUGUUAAUGAUAUCUCUGGAGGCUAUUCUCAUCCGUCUUUCAUACCAGACCAAGAUAAAGAAGGAGUCCACUGAGGAGAGAGAAAAAUUCCUGCAAGAAAUCACGAAGUUCAACUGUGACUUCAGCCUCGGACAAAACAGAGAGAUGGAGUUUGAGAGCCAAACACGCGCUGAGAUCCUGAACCUGGAGAGGGAGAUAGAAUCAAUUCACAAAGGUAACUGAAGACUGUAAACUAGGGUGUUGUCAGGGUGAAGUCUGGUUAUAAGUUGUAGAGGAGGCUAAGACUUUUCCUUUUAGCUGCAUUUUAAAAAAUGUCCAUGUAAUAUCCUUGAGUGGUUUGGCUGGUAGUUGAGAAUUAAAAGACAGGGGUACAAUGUUGGGGUAAAGGGAUAUCAGGUUUAUUUCUGACAUGUAGAAUUUCUUCAAUCCGAUGAUAAAAGCCUGCUCAUGUCCAGUUUGAUUUCAAAUAAUACUGAUUAUAAUGAGACUUGGCUUUAAGGGUUGUGUGUGCUUGAGCAUUUCAAGGAGUAGGUACCUGCUAAAACUACUUGUGGAUUCUCAUUUUCACUGUCAUAUCCAAUAAAAAAAAAAGAAGGAAGGAAAAACAAAAAAACUGGCUAAAUGUUUCUGUAAAAGACAAGUCCACAACUCAACUGUGGCUCUAAGGAGCCGGAAGUAUAAAGCUAAUAAGGUUUACAGUGUCUUUCAUUUUUGGUUGAUAUUUAAGUUCUGUUAAGCCCACACUCCCAAAACAGUGUUUUUUACACCAACAUUUUAAAUUGGAUUUGUUAAAGUUAAUAAUUAUACAGAUUGUAUUUGCAUGUUGUUUGAACAGUUUUUAUGAGUUUUGAAAGUUUAAGGGUGAAGCUUCCAUGACAAGCAAGUAGAUGUGUUGCUAAAUGUAAAUAAAGCUUUAUAUAUAAGAUGUUAAGCAUUAUUUUAUCUGAAAUCCAUAGAUUGGCUUUUUGUCUAUACAAUUAAAAUGAGAUUUUUUUUUGUUUGUUUUUUCUAUUGGGAAAUAUAAUGUCAUGAGCCAGGGUGAAACAAAUGGAAAAAGGACCCAAGUGCAGAUAAAAAAAGGAUUUAUUAAACAUAACUAAAUGAAAAGCAACAAAAAAUUUGAUUCAAUUGGUCUAACUGAAAAAUACAGAGGAGGGCAAACUGAGGAAAUAAAACAAGACUAUACACACAGGGAAUUAACUACUACAAAAUAAAACAGGAAACAGUGAAAACUGAUCUAAAGAAUAAAACACUGAGAAAAUGAGGGAAGCGGGGUCAGACACAAACUGAAAACUCACAAGACAGGACUACAGGGUAACAGGAACAACAGGGAACAGAAACAUUAGUGAAAACACACAAAAUGCAAUCAAAUGGAACCAGGAGAAAACUAAAUAAACAGAACACAUCAUGACAUACAAACUCAAUAUCACGUUAAGCCCUUUCAGUGAUUUAUUUUAUCCUCAGUCCUAUGUGAGGCCAUUCAUGAAGCCGAGUUCUUGUCUGUGUUCUUCCUAUUCAGAGAUGGAGCAGAUGAGCAACAGGAACAGCCACAUGAUCUCCAUGCAAGAGCAGAAGAAAGCACUCCAGCUUGAGCUAGAGAGCCUAGGAGACAUACAGAAAGGUGAAUACUCUUAAGUUCACUGUAUUUAAGGUUUUUUGGUUCUGGGAGGCACAUGUGAAUGCUGCUGUCACCCUGUCUUUAUUCUUUGCUUUUCAAACACUGUUUUCACUCACAGCCUUCAGCUGAGCACCAGUUUUUCAUCUUAUUUUUCUAGCAUAUUCGGUUUGAUGGCAGUAAAAUCUAGAGAAUAUUGGCCAGUCCCCAAGGUCUUAUUUCCUGGCAUCAAAAUUGAGUUGAAAGGCAGGUUAUGAACAGUUUUAGAAUUGAUGUGUGACUACAUGUAGUUGUGUUUUUGAAGCUGAAAUACUAAACUGUAACAUGUGCAGCAGUGUCGUCUGUUGUUCACCUGUUUUAAUGCACCUUUGACUCAUGGAUCUCUCUCAAAAUACUCUGCUAGAUACUGAUGCACUAAUUUGACUGUCCAAUGCAUUCAGUUUCAGCAUCCUACAGGAGCAUUUUACCACCUGAUCUUGUACUGUGUUAUCUUAACUGAUUUGAUCAAUCAAUCAAUCAGUCAGUCAGUCCUUAUUUACGGAGCACUUUUCAUGCAUGGAUAUACAACACAAAGUGCUUUACACACAUAAAAAAAAUAGAAACUUAGAUAAACAAUUACAAAUAAAGCCCCCCUCUCCCACCCUCCAUACUACACACACACACACACACACCUGCACACUCUUACUACUGACAAUAGGAGUCAUGGCAUGACACUGAGGAUUGAGGAAGCGCCAUCAUUGGGGCCAUCCACACUGGGAGGAGUCGCAGGCUGUGCCACAUGGGGCUCCAGUGCUCAGGCCCCCUGACCCCAACAGACAACAGCCAGCCGGGCUGAAGGGACCCAGGGACAGCACCCUCAGCAGCAGCCCAGACACAGCACCCAGUGUGGAGGAACCCCCUAAGGAAAUACUAAAACUAAAAGCAUAACAUAGGAUUAAAAAAAUACCCUGAGAAAAAAAAGGAAAAAGGGUGAACAGUUUAAAAGUAUAAAAAGUACGUAAGAUUAAAUAGUACCAAUAAUAGGUAAAACAAGUAAAAUAAUUAAUUAAUAUAAUCUUAAAAAGCAAGAUAGAAGCAACAACAUAAAAUAAACCCACAUAAGAAUGUAAGAAGAAUUUAAAUUCUAGUUAAAAGUCUGAUUAAACAGGUAGGUCUUUAACCUUCAGGUUACACUUCCAGACUAUGAUGAAAUUAAAGCUGUUGUUGUGAAAAAUCUUGCUGCUCUGAAGUGCAAAAUAAGGUAGAAGGCUGAACAUAUCUGGAUAAGAAAAUGGGCUCAUGGAUACCAGGGCCAAACAGCAGGGCCUUAAGUUUUUGCAUGAAAGAAUGUGGCCCAAAGAUUCAGGUAGCCUGAGCUGGACAUGACAGUAAGCACAUGCCAUUGUGAGUAAAUCAGCAGUUAUUGUAACCAUGUCGGUGCAGCCGAGUCAAUUUGUGUUUGAUUCAUUACUCUUGACUGCAGACCUGGACCGGCAGUUGAGUGAGGCUGAAGCAGUGACAGAUUCCCUGAGAGCAGAGAGUGGGUUCAUGAGUCAGAAACCUCUCACUGACAGCACCUGUCUGAGGUACGUGUCACCAGCUGCCUGCACACUGAAAGAGUCUUUUUUUAUUGGACGUCUGGUAACAGUGUACAACACCUGAAAUACUUGGGAAUACAUUAUGAAUACAAUCCUUUUGAGACAAAAACAAGUGGACAAUAAACGUUUAAGUGUCAUGAAAAAGAUAAAAGCAGUCUAGUCAGAGUUAUUUAAAAGCUCAUGUAAAACUUCCUUCAAGAUUUUACUUGUUCAGCUGUUGUGAUGUUUCCUUACCCAAGCAUUUGAUGUUAUGCAAGGAUGUGAUUAACUCAAAAGCUGUUAUCGACCACCUCGUUCGCGCCGGUGAGGCGGCGGAGGGCGGCGAGCCCCGCGCAGUUGUAUUUUCGUCUGGCGGAGCCUGGCGUAAGGCGAGUUUGGUAUUUUCGUGGACUGAGUCGCACGGAGGCGAGCCGAGAUCCGCCAAGCUGGGCGUGGUGGCGUGGCAGGGGGAGGUGUUGACAGAAUCAGCUGGCGCAGUGACAUUUUCGUGCUCGCCACAGGCGUGUGAAGUGCGCUGAAAGCUCGCCGAUUCAAACCUGGUCAGCUUUCAGCGCAAGGCGGAACGCAGCUGGUCUAGUAGUAUUUUGGUAGACCGGCGGCGUAUCGACAUACGUCACUGAUGCCUCACCGGCAGGUUUCCACAGUGUCAGGCAGAUUUCAGUGCAAUAAAUAAUCAUCAACAACUAUUAAUCUGAGUCAGCACAUACAUUUAGAUCUAUAUCGAUAUAUUCCGAUCUAUAUCUGAUCUGAUGAGCGCGUUUGGCACGCGUUUGGCACGCGUUUGGCACGCGUUUGGCACGCGUUUGGGCACACAACCUGUCCGAAUCAAUACAGCUGAAACUGCAUCAAAUUAAAUUAAAUAUCUAGUAAAUAAACACACAUGAUGAAGUUAACAAGAUAUGUAAUGUGUCUCCCUCCUUUUCUUUCUUCCUCUUAUUUCUCGCACAGCUCGACCUGGACACGUCUCCGUGUCCUCUGUCCGUCUUGCUUGCUGCUGCGGCUGAACAGAUGAUUUGUUUCAGUGCUCAGAUGCGUGAUCUACUUUAAGCCGACAUACGGAUAUUAUAAUAUUCAGUUUUGGGGGCCAAAUUUAUUUUAUAUGCCAACAUCUAUGAAAGAAAGAGCCAGGCCACGGAACGCGAUGCGUCAUUUAUGCACAGAUGGUUCCGAUUUUAAUGCCAUUUUUGGAGUUUAUGUUGUGAUCUGUGCGCUAAACCCACCUUUGUCACGUGAGGUUUGAAUAUAUGCAACUUUAUGUGAGUGUCUUUAUUUGUGGAAAAGGGUGUUUGUCUUACCAGUGGGUCCAACAUUACGCACACCAAAUCCAUCUGUGCUCAGAUGAGAGAGUGUGGAGGACACUUGUUGAGCAGCUGCCCUCUGUCGCCAUCGUGUGGCAUAACUGUCUUCAGACAUCUCAUGAUCUCUUUGACUACUUCAUGAAAAUAGUAAUACGCCUCGCCGGUGGCGGAUUUAAAGGCAAGGAGAGGAGCUUAUGUGAUUGGUGAAAACAGGUCUCGGCUGUGUUAAACACGCUAUACGCCCUCUCUCCUCCCCGUCUACGACUUAUGCUGCCGGGAGGAGCUGAGUUAGGGAGGGGGGAUACUUACGCCGGGCUGCGCGGCUCACCAAAAUACCAAAAUGUGCCUGGGAACGCCUUGUCAGCGCGGCGGAUCUGAUUGACGCUGCGCUUGCGGCACGUCUCCGGCGAGGCACCAAAAUAGAGCCCCUUGUGUCUAUGUUGAAAUCAAGAAUGUCACACAUAACAGUCAAAUCAGGAGUAGAGCUAAUUGCUACCACUGAUAUGACACUUAGUGGGAUAACUUUUUUUCCUGUAUCUCUGUCCAUUACUUGAUUCAAUGCAGCAAGCUGCAGGCCCGUUAAAUAGAAGGUGUUAUUUACGAGGAGAAGAAGUGAAUCAUGUCGUCAGAAGUGCUGAAUAAACUGUGUCUCUCUCUCUGUAUCCUGCUGGCUCCAAUCCAAAUCUAGAAGUGUAAAUAACAGAGCAUUAAGACCAUUUGGCUUAAUUAAUGCUUUGAUCUGCGGUGUAUUUCAUUUAGUCAACAAGUGGAGAACAGACUGGGGCUAAUGUGAUUGAUGCAGAGAGGUUUGUAAGGCAAAAUAAGUGAGGGGUGGACACCUUAGCAUUUACGCUAAAUGAUUCUCCAGCUUCUUUCAAACUCUGGUUUUUGGUUAUUGUAAGUAGAAACACACACCCUGUUUUAAAUGAAAAAAAUGUAUUUUUUUUAAAUUCAUUUAUUUUCUGUUCCUAAUUAUCACAUUGUUUCUAAAGGAUAUCACAAAAUACACACGUAAGCCACAUGGUAAAUUAUGCACCAUGUUCAAAUCAGUUUUAAACAAUGUUUAUUAAUAAUUAUAAGAAACCCCAGAAGGGUUGAGUUAUGGAAAAAAAACAUCUGUGAGAACAUUUGAUGCACUUUGAGAGUGUCAAAAAUGUAAUUUUAACUCUUGUGCUCACAGGAAUUCUUUCUGCAGACGGCUGUUCCCAGUUUGAGCUGUGAAACCAGCUAUUCCUUAGCUGUAUGUGCAAAUAUCACAUAGCAGUGUCAAAGUCUCGUGUGUGAAAGCAUACUGUUGUUUUGAACUCUCAAUGUAGACAAUUAUUAAUCACAUCACUUUUGGGAAAAUUCAGGGUCUUUUGAUAGCACGUUAUUUCAACCUUCAACUUAUAAUGCACCAUAAGCACAUUUAUAAAGCCCUAUAACGCAUUAAUUAGGCUUGUUUGUGUUUGUUAUUUAAAAGAAAGAAGGAUAAUUUAACCCCCUUAUAACACCCCAGUUUUGAAACAAAUAAAAUGCUGCAUAAAAUGUUCUAAAAAACUGUGUUUGGUGGUUUGUAGAUCACUUAAACUGUAUAUUUAACUAACCCCAACCUGCCUCAAUAUUGUAUGUGCUCAUUUCAAGUAUGAUGGCAUUCCUGUGCCGCGAACACAACAGAAAGAUGAGAGCUUCUGCUUUGUCCACACAGGCUGCUAAAGUGCUUCAAAUAGCUUGUGAUUUGAAACAGCGUGUCUGUAAAAUACAUGAACACAAAGACUGACUGUUCUCGGCAGUGGUUGCCGAGCAGCUCCUGACUCUGAUGGCUUUAAAAAGUGUAGUUUUUUUGUUGUUUUUUUUGUUUGUUUUUUGUUGUUGUUGUUGUUGUUUGUUUGUUUGCUUUUAAGGUUUUAAAUUUUACUUUUAAACCAAGCACAUUAACCCUUGUUUUUAAAGGUUCUAUAUAAAUAAAGUUAUUAUUAUUUUAUUUUAAUUAUAUGCUUCUUUAGAAAAUAUUUGUGAAAUUUUGAUGGACAGUUCUGAUGAAAAAUCCAAAAAAGCAUUUACAAUGAAUAAAUUAGCAGCAAGCACAUUUGCCACAAAGGAUUUCACUGGAAGAAUAGUGCCAUAAAUAGUCAGGGAUUUUGUAUCUUAAAAUUGGGGGAUGGGGGGAUUUAAACAGGCCUAAAGCCUGAAAGAAGUCUAAUAAAAUCCUGUUUUAUUAGCACACAGCAGAUCGUUUAUAUAUUUUGUGGUGCAUCGUUUUAUCGGACUAACAGUGAUUUUUCAUUUUCUGACAAAAACACUCAUUCACUUCUUUGACAACUGGAAGUACUUGCCAAAACAUCUCAGACAUUUGUCUCCUGUUCUCUACAGACUCUGAGCCAGUUGUAUAAUAUGAAUGAAGGGUCUCCUUUAUAGAAACAUGACUGGUAGGAGAGCUGGUCCUCCAUGUUCCUCCACAAAGAGACCUCCUUUAUGUGAUUAAAGACUGGAGAUCAAUAGUGUUCCAGGAAGGAAGGGUCAUUGUUAUUGCUGAUGCCACUACUUUGGAUAAUGUCUCCUCAACAAAACUGUUGAUGUAAAGUAAUUGAAAAAAAAAAAAAAAACUAUGCUGUCAACUGUUUCAAACCAAUGUCAACCACUACAUGACUUUAAAUUCUCUAUUUUCUUCCGUAUUUGACUCAUCAUGUCUGUCUUCAGUUCGGAGAGAACUGAAUAUGUGGUGAUGUCUGUAUUCAUUGUGUUUGCGUAUUUGUUUUUUUUUUCCCUGUUCUUCACUGCCUCUGCAUGUUCAUCUCUUGUCCUGUUCUUUGCACCACCACCCACCCAUCUCUGCCUUAAAUCAUGCAUGUGAGUAGCAUGUCCUGUUCAUCCAUCAGCCUCAUUAAACAUACUCGCUCCUUCAUUACCCCUCAGCUUAUUAGCCUCGGGAAGUGCUGAGGAUGUGGCUUUAGAGGAGAGAGGCCUCCCCUCACUCAUUCUUAUGAUCAUCCAUCGGAACUGAGACCAUCAAUCCUCUCUUCAACCACUGCAGUGUCUCUUUAAAACGCAUAUUUAACUCUCCGCUUAUUGAUUGUUGGAAAUUGAAUGCGUGUCAAUUUGAAUGAGUGCUACAGCCAUUUAAAAAGUGUUCAGUGUGCAAAACAGGGUGGCUGCCACGAUGGAAAGAUACCUGAAAUAUGCAGUGCCUGAGAUUGAUGAUUUAGGAGUUGUGUGGGUUUUAUGAUGUGUGGGAUUUUCUUCACUGAUAUAUUGCCGCUACAUUAUUUCUGAAGGCUCAUUUGAAGGUAUCAUUGCAGUGCAGGAAUAUGAUUUUAAACUGCCGAAACCACAGAUAUCUCAAGUGCUGUCCUAGGUGUCGAGCUGUUGGAAGCAUCAUUCUGCUGCUGCAGAAACAGCAUGCUCGCCUUUUAAAAUCUAAUAUGUAACUUCUGGACAGGGAAGUAAAAAAAACCGCAGUGUAAAUGCAAUUUAAGCUCAGCUGUUUUAUUGUUUUCAUUUAGUUCUAAUAAAAGAAAAACAAUUUAGUGGAUAGUGCAGAAACUUGAAACACCCGGCAUAAGAGUUAAAUCACAGCCAAGGCAUGACCCAAAGUCUAAUACUUUUCACUGAACAAACUGAACGGGAUAAUAUUGUUUUAUGUUUUAGAAAUACACAAAAGCUUUAUUAUUGCUUUACAAAAAAGUUACUGUUGAGUUUAUAUAGUAACUGCAUACAAAUCUACAAUUUGCCAUACAAAUCUAUUUGCGUGAUGAUAUUUAUAGCCUCUUUUUACAUGUGAUUUUCCAUUUAGCAAACUUAAAUGAAAAAAGGUUGAAUUUAAUAUCUGAAAUACAUCAAUAUCAUUAGUUUUUAAAGAGGAGAUUAUUGCCAAAGGAUUGACUAAAUGUUUAAACUGUUCACAGAGAUAAUAGCCUCUUUCUUGUCUCAAUUUAAUGUGAAGUCUAAUAACUCUAAAGGAUUAUUCUUUUGCUCUAACUGGAGCAGUCAAGUAUAUCUUUUAGCAUCACUCCAGUUAGAUGGCUUCAGUAAUACAAGGGAAAAGUCUACACUUGAUUUAGUGCUGUCAGUUCACUAUAUGCUCAGUAAUUUGUCCCUGAGGGGCCUAUAUGAUCGUCACUGUGCAGCAAGGCCCUGUGGAUGACAUAGUUAAUCACAGAAUAAGAGAAACCUGACAAUGAGUGCUGCAGCUUGUUAGAGUAGGGGGGCUAGUGAGCAAUUUGGAUAGUCUCUUAAUACUUCUCUCUGCCCUAUCUCCUAUAGCUGUAGUUUUAAGGGAUAAUCUUCAGACCUUUGGCUUUCACAGAGCUGUGUGCCACCUCAAGAUAUCCCAUUUUUCAGGUACAGUAGUUAAUAUGUCUAAAAGUGAUGACAGAAAUUGAAGGCAGCAUGUAUGAUGGAGAGCCAAACAUGGGACCAUGAGAUCAAUACUGAUUUAUGGAUUUAACAUGUUACCUAUAUGAUGGCAAAUAUCAGAGAAUUCAGAUUUUGAGUUGGAUGAAUGAGAAUGGACCUUUGUGUCUGCAUCAUGUAUUGAUAUGACAAUAGCAAUCAGGAAGUUUCUACACAUGGUUAAACAAGUUUGAUCAAUAUCAGUGCAGAAUACUCUUUGCUCAACUAGGAUUCUCCCUGUGCAGCAAACAGUGCUGAGUAAAGAGUCAGAGCACACUCUGGAUAAUGACAUUGUUAUAAAUCAACUUUGAGUACUGUGUUUUACAUUAUCAUCCUUUCAAAUAUCAGAAUCUUACCACAUUUCAUAAAAUGUUUGAUGAAAUUAUAUAUGUAUUUGUGGUGAACAGCACUGGUUAAUAAUGGGCCCAGAUCAUCAGUCAGGCUCUCUCUGUGUUCUGGUUCAGCCACCAAACUUCAAGUCUUGAGCUUCCAGGUUUUAAGUUGAGUUCGAGUCACCAAAGAAGUAUCUGAGUUGAGUCCAAAUCUAGAUUAUCGGAGUUCAAGUCUGAGUCAAGUCCACAUUUUUACUAUUAGAAAUCAUUAAAUCAUACAGUCUUACUGAUCCUGUUGGCUUGUCCAGAGAUUUACAUGUUCAGUGAAGAUGCGGGGCUGACCAUCUGUUUUCAGUUUGUCCCCAUCUUCUCCUUGAUGGUUAAACUGCUUUUAUGCAACAGACAUGUCUAACUGCUUGUAUUUGUAGUAAAAAUCUUUAAUAUCAGAGUUUUGUGGCAUUUCCUUUGGUGUCCUGUCAGGAACAAUGCAGAGCAAAACAGCAUGUGAGCAAAUAAACAGAUGAACACCGCUGUCAGAACUGAAUAGUUCUGGAGGGUCACAGAGAACAAGAAAUUUACGGAAAAGCAAAUAAUGUCCUUUGUGUUCACAUCCAGUUAAUUCAGUCCAGAUCGAGUCCAAAUCCAAGUCAUCAGAGCUCAAGUCUUGGUUGAGUAAUUACUCCUAAAAAUCAGGACUUGAGUACGUAUCCUGGGAUUAAGUGUAAACUGGAUUGAAUGUAGAAAGAUUUUGACAUAUGAGUGUUUGUGCAUAUGAAUAAACUUGAAGAUAGAAAUAAAAGCAAACUUUCUCAUCUGAAGAAAUCGAUCUGGUCAGUCACUUUGAAAUAUAUUUGACAUGAGUGAUUUGUCCCACUAUCGGCAUUAACAUUAAAGUUGGAAUAAGUUUUACUUUCAUAUAGUUUCAUUGGCUUAUUUUUCUCACCAAACAAACAGAAGAAAAAAAAAAAAAAAACUUACAAACACCAGGUAUAUAGAUGCAAAUGAAAACAUCAGUAUGUUUGAACUUCAUGCUUCUGAACAAGGACUCUUGAAGCUUUCCUUUUAUGUUUCCUCUUUUAUAACUUUUAACAAUUGUUUUUUGCCACUGACAUGGGUUUGUUGUUUUUCACCAGGCUGAGAAAGGAGCUGGAGAUGCACAAAGAAGGAGAGCUGGAGCUUCUCAAAGAGGGGCUCAUCGCAGAAAUACGCUUCCUGAAGUCAGUAAGUUAUCUAAUGAACAAGGCUUUUACUCAGGAUGAAAUAAUAUGCUGUAGAUAGGACAAAUGAGUCAUAUCUUACCAGAAUUAAAGAGGAUUCAUGGCACGUCAGAUCAGGGUAGCAAUAAUGAUAUCUUUCAAACACAGAUAAGGUGUGGAAAAUUGUUAUUAAUCUUCAAAAUGUAAAAAUGGGAGGAAAUUCAUUUUUUGCUGAGGCAAAGUCAUUCAUUCAAUUUUCUUUUGUAUUUCAGAAGCUGGAGAGCAGCCAGGGGAGAGAGCAGCGUUAGGUUUGGUACAAUGGAGGUACAGGAGUGUUUCAUUGAUUCAAUGAUUGUCUGUUCAGUGAAAAAACAUAUACGCUGAUUAAAAGUGAAGAGAGACAGGAGAAGCAAAAGGACAGGAAACAAACAGAUGUUAUAAAGUGUUCAUUACAUAGGUUCCUGAAAAGAGCAAAUCUCAUCUUUAAAAAACUAAAGUCAGUUUGUUUCACUAUCUUUACAGCUUUAAUCUGUAACUGUAGAUUUAUUAUUUGAGGUAAAAUAUUUCAAGUGGA